AUGGCUAACUUUUGUGAGGAUGUCACUAAAUAUCGUCAACUAGUUGGUGGUUUCAUACUUGACCAUGAUCAGAUCGAAUAUAUGCUUCUCAGUAACAAAACCUUCAUUCUAAACGUUAUGCAAAUUCAUCAACGUCAUCCAGCAACAUGCGUCCACCACUAUUUACGAAGUACAUUAAACACAACUGAGGCACACAAGCGUUAA